AUGCAGAGAUUAAAAGAGUUUAUAGGAAUUUCAUCUAGCGAUCAAAUUAACGAAGCAUCUGAAUGGGUUUAUGAGUAUUGCUUUUCAAACGAUAAAGCAACUGGCCCUUACACUUUAGAUCAGCUUGUUAGAUCUGGAGAUAGAUUCCAGGGUAGAGGUAAAGAUGAAGGAAAGAGAGAUUUCGAAUUCAUCGGUGAAAUUCAGGGAGACUAGUUCAAGAUUAAGCAAGUACAUAGCGCUGCAAAGGCUUAAGACAAGAUUAUUGAAGGACAUAUAAAAUAAGAAGGAACCCUUGUGGGAAAAUGGUGUUAUGCUUAAGAUGGAAAAUCUGCUAAAAGCAAAGGAGAUUUUGUCAUUAGGAAAGUCAGCAACUUUGUUUUCGCAUUAUCUGAUAAAUGCCCCGAAUAUCUAAAACUUUCAAUGGAAAAUAUACCUUGUAAAUGUAAUACUUACUAUACAUGUGGAAAGUGCACUUUCUUGAUUUGCUAUCAAUGCUUCUUCAAAAUUCAAUAUAUGUAAAAAUCAGAACUCAUCUCAAUCAUCUUAAAUCAUUCGUAAAAGAAAGAUGUAACCGAAAAUGCCGAAUAUAUUAGAGGAAUAUACAGAAAAGUAUUUUGUGACGAUGAGAGAGCUAAGAGCUCAGUUAUGAAACGUAAAGGCAGAGAUUACAGAUGGUUUGAAGUUUACUAUUUAGAUGAGAACAGCUUAGAAUUCAAAAGAAAGGAAAAUAUUGAGCUCUAUAUUGAUCAGCAAAAGUUUGCUGAAGGGCAUUUCCAUGAGGUCAAGCUUUGUAAACAGAGCAGAAGAAUAGAUGAAAUAAGAAAUCCAAAUGAAUAGCCAAUUUACAGAGAAAUCGAUCUUAAUCCAGAAGUUAACUGGGCAAUCAAAUAAGUAAAGAAAAAAGAGCAUAUGGAUGAGGUUCCUAAUGACAUUGCCAAGCAAUAUUUGGCUAAAACUCUUGCGGAUAAUUUCAAUAUAUUGCUGAAAACUAUUUAUCCAAAGGAAACAGUCUACAUGAUGUACAUAUAGCCAUUUAUCGUGCUACCUUUAUUUGAAAUACCAGAGCAUCAUUACUUUUUUGAAAUGGAGAGCUUUAUGGAGACUGAUAAGAAAUUCCUUUACUUUAACAGGCCAGGUUAGGAGCUCAAAGUUGUUGAUGAGAAACUUGGCUAGGCUAGAUUGCCUAGCGCGUUUACUCAUUGGACAUAUGCAGCUUCUGGAAAAAGAUUCAUGAUCACUGAUGUCCAAGGAUGGAGAAUUGACAAAGGCUAAUACAUUCUAACUGAUCCAAUAGUGUUUUCACCAGUCCCAGAUUAGUUAGGCUUGGUCGACUGGGGUUCUGAUGGUAUGGAAAGUUGGAUGAAAAAACACGUUUGCAAUGAUGUCUGCAAAGAUGUUCCAAUGGUUGAAGACUAAAAUUUGAUUAAUUAAUGCUUGGGCUACAUGGAAAAAUUCAAAAGUAAAAACGAGAGCUUUUAUAAGCAACUUGAAGUCAUUUUAGGUGGCCUUAACUGA